AUGGCUGUCAACGUCAAAUUCACGAAAUUCGACAACACACCAUGGGGAUUUCGAUUGGCGGGCGGAAGCGACUUCCCGCAGCCACUGACUGUCAUCAAAGUGACAGAAGGAUGCCUCGCGGAAUGCAUGGGCUUGAAGGUCGGCGACGUCGUGGUCAGAUUAAACGACCAGCCGAUCAGCAGUUUGACCCACGGUCAGGCGCACGAAGAACUAAUGCGAGCGGGCAAUAAUUUUGUUUUGGGCAUCCAACGAGAAGAAGAUCCCCUGAAGGCUCUGGAGGGGCUGUCCGAGGAGAACAUCGUUCCGUACAAGAUUCCUCUCGCAGACCUGCCGCCGGUAUUCCCGGAGCAGAUCUUGAAGGAGGAGACGGUGAUCGAGCGGUUCGAGGAGAUCACGUGCGAGGAGAAGCGGCUCGAGGAGGAGGCCAAGCCAGAAGUGGAACCGCUCCCGGACAAGCCAAAAGACGAGAACAGCGAGAUCGUGCCGAAUCAGAAUCUCACGGACGACGAGAUCGCUCAGUUGAUUCUCGAGGAGGAGGAGCUUCUGGACGACAAAGGAGUACUAGGGGUUAACUUUAAGAAACUAAGACCACGGGCGACGGUAUUGAAGCAAUCAAAAGUGAUCGAAGAGUUGCAGAGUCUCGCGACAGCCGAACCGCCGUUGGUCGAGCAGCUGAAACGCACCUCGGUGUUUCUGCAGAAACCCCAACGACCGAUACCGGUGCCCCGUAAGAAGCAGGAGGAACAAGAAGUGGUCGAGGUCGAGACCUACAGAGUGGUGAUAAAGAAGCAGAAGAAAAGGACUGUGACCGAUCGUCUGCUGGAGAAGGGACUGCUUAAACCGGAAGACGAAAAGACUCCGGAGCCCCCGACUCCCGAGGCGACACCGUCGGCGACCCCAGAUCCAGGCUGCCGAUCGGAUCAGGAACGCGAGCCCGAGUCGCGACCGGAAUCAAAGGCGGAAUCGUUGAAACCGGGGGAUAGCGAGACCGGGCUGCGAUCGGAAGGGACUGUGUCCUGCGACGAGGAGAACGCCGAGCAGGAAGCUUCCCGUGAGGAGAUCAGCCAGCACUCGACGCGAGAAACUGUUCUAAACGAAAUCGAGAGAGAGAUGGCAGACGUCGCGUCGAAGGUCGACAAAGAAAAGAUCAAGGAGCUGGUCAGCACGGAGAUCGACCUGGAGAAGCAACUGGAGAACGUUCAGCGACAGCUACUAUCGUUGAAGCAGCUACCGAGCGAGAUCGAGAGCCACUUGAGAAUCGUCUCGGAGCAACUGCAGAUGAUCAUGCAGCUGAGCGGCGUGCAGAACGGCGCCACCGCCAACAACGAGCAGCCGUCGUCGAGAGGUAAAAAGCCUCAAACCGACGAACGAUGCGAGGAGACGAAAGAAUCGGAGGAGGAGCACGAGGAGCAAGAUGAACACGAUGAAACGGAGGAACAGGACGAGACCGACUUCACCGAGGAUUUCUCGUACACCGCGUAUUACGACGAGCAACAGCAUCAACGGAUCGUCGAACAGACCGUGGAGGAGGAAGAGGAAACCGAGACGCAGGAACUGGAGGGAACUUUGUCGGUGAAGAGCGAAGAAGGCAGCAGAGUGAAGAAGUUUGUCGUCUCGUACGAGACGAAAGUUAUAAAGUCGCCGAGCCCGGCACCGUCUCACGGAAGUUUCGAACCCGAUCCAAAACUAUCGCCAAAAGAUCAAGUUAUUCAGGAAUUGCAGCAGAAAAUGCAGAACAGAGGAAGGAGAUCCUCGCAGGAUCUGUGGCCGCAGGCUAAGCAAGUCGAGCUGACUCUCGGCCGCAGAUGGAGGUGUCCGAAUGAUUUCUUCAACGACGAAAUGAUCGCCGAGGUGCUGUCUUGCCAGGCGGAAGUUAUUCGAGGCAGAGCCCUAGGAGUCAACUUUAAGAAGUACGAGAAGACGAAUCUGCCGAACUACGAUCACCUAAUGAACUCGAGCGUGUACAAAAUGAUUCAUAAGAUGGACCGGGAACCGAAGAAGGGAAUUCCAGCCAGACCCGCCAAAGUGAACGCCGCGGAAGACAUAAUCGAGAGGGUUAAAUCUCCAGCGCUGAGCGUCGCGGACGACAGGAGUACCCGAAGCGUCAGUCAUUAAACAUACAAGGACGACGACGAAAGAAGACAAGAAUUAUUUCUCUCGGAUCCGAGAAGCUGUAUAAAACUAAGAUGAAUACGUGCGCUACGACCGAGAACAUGAAAUACAAGUGUAACGUUAAUUAUUAUUAAGUACGUGUGCGUGUCGCAUAUACAUGUUUCCAAGUGAAACUGCAUUGUCAAAUUCGUUACAAAAGAUUAAGCGUUAAUAAAAGGAUUGAAUCUUUUUUUCGUAAACCGCUGUGCAAUGGCACGAUCGUUGGCAUUCUUUACAACUGUGCAUCCCAGCAUUGAAUCGGCCCAACCUUCCUUCCGGUACCGGUACGAAUCCAUCGAUCAAUUUCAUUUCUUCGUCGAGAUCCAAUACUUCUUGGAUCCACUGACCUCUCCAUGAGAUCAUAAAUUAUGGAUCAUCUCGUUCACCUGCAACCACGUCUCUGGUUCCUGUCCCGAAAAUCCACGAAUCUCCCGCGAAAUUCCGUGGCUGAGGAAGAAGCGCUGUUUUCAUCUGGGUCACGUCUCUUUAGAUCCUCCCGUGUUGACGCAACGAGGCCGAAUGACAGCCGGUGUUCCACGCAAGAUCCUUUCGCGGAAUCGGAUGUCCGUGGAUGAUUACUACUAGCUGACCGAACGGAUGAGUCGUUCGCGCAUACUUUCACCUUUCCGGUGUUUCCGCGGCUCUGUUGCGUUGACCGUGUCCCCGUGUUCCAUGUGUCCCCCCGCGUGUCCCCAGCAUGCGUACGGGAGGCUGAGUCACUUCUGCUUUGUGGCCAACGAACGUUCUUUCUCCUCCUCCUCCUCCUCCCUCUUUCUCUGUCCUCCCCGCGGUGGUCGUCCCGUGGCCCCAGCCACCGAGAACGUGACGUCGGUCCCGAGCAAUUUAUGUAAAGCAUUCUAGGCAUGAUUCACGAACUAGUUCGCGCCCUCGUGACCGCCACCAGCGCAGAAAAUGCAGUCACACCGCCUCGACACCGACGAAAAUCACGAGGUUCAUCCGCCUCUACGUUCGCGAGACGCCGCGAUGUGCAACACUCGGAUAAAGCGUUCUCCCGAGGCCCUCCACGUUACAUACAUACACCGACAUCGGUUUCCAGUCACGAUCUAACAAUCUUCGGGCGACAAUCGAUCAAAGUUCCCUCUCGACGGGAUGUUAACGGACUCGCUUGCAACCGGGGUAGCACGCUGACGGAGCACGGAUAGGCUCGCGACUCUUGGCGCCUGUUAAUCGAUCGAUCGUCCUUCCGAAUCCAAUCGCGAAUGAAAUAUGGCAGUGAGGGUAUAUAUUUCAUGGGCGGAUAGUGUACCUGGCAAGGUGCUUCGAGACACCGGGAGCAAUAGCAGAAGGUGGAGCGGCAGGAAUCGGAAUUGUUCGUGGAGGAAAGGUCGACGUCGAAGGACAGACUGAAGUAUCGAGACCACCAUCGCCGUUGUUAUAAUGCCCUUCCUGUGUACGUUUACCAGCUUGGUCUUCGCCAAUAUUUUCAGCGACCCCUUUUUCCAGUUUUUCCCUCUCCACCUCCUUUAUUUUAAAUCGUUUCAGGUCCAUCGUUUCCAAUAUGUUUCAAACGCUU